GCAGGGGGAUGUUACUCCGGCUGGUGGGGGCGGCCGGCAGUCGGGCCCUGGCCUGGCCUUUCUCCAAGUUGUGGCGCUGUGGUGGCUGCGCAGGAAGCGGCGGGGCGGACUGGAGCAGCGUGAGGGUCGGUGGCAUUGCUCGGCAGGGGAUAUGCUCGCUGCAGGCUCUGCAGGGAAGACUGACUUGGUUCUCCCCAAGGCUGUGUUCAAAACCUCCCAAAGGGUUUGAGAAAUUUUUUAAGAAUAAGAAGAAUGGAAGAAGUACAGAACCAGGAAACUCAGUAGCUCAAAAAAAAGAAACUGUAGAACCAAAGAACACUGGGCCUGGAGGAGAUGGAGGCAAGAGAGGAGGGAAGCGAGAUGGCUUUGCCUGGUGGAAGCGGAUGCAGAAGGGGGAGUUUCCGUGGGAUGACAAGGAUUUCCGGAGUCUGGCUGUUCUGGGGGCAGGCGUGGCUGUGGGAUUUUUAUAUUUCUAUUUUCGAGAUCCCGGAAAAGAGAUCACCUGGAAGCACUUUGUGCAGUAUUACCUCGCCAGAGGGCUGGUGGAUCGGCUGGAGGUUGUGAACAAGCAAUUUGUGCGUGUUAUUCCCGUCCCUGGGACGACGUCCGAGAAGUUCGUGUGGUUUAACAUUGGCAGUGUUGACACCUUUGAGAGGAACCUCGAGUCUGCUCAGUGGGAGCUGGGGAUUGAGCCCACCAACCAGGCUGCGGUAGUCUAUACUACAGAGAGUGAUGGCUCUCUUCUCCGAAGCCUGGUGCCCACCCUGGUCCUGGUUAGCAUCCUCCUCUAUGCUAUGAGGAGGGGUCCAAUGGGGACUGGUCGUGGCGGGCGAGGAGGAGGCCUCUUCAGUGUUGGCGAGACAACAGCCAAGAUCUUAAAAAACAACAUUGAUGUGAAGUUUGCCGAUGUGGCUGGCUGUGAAGAAGCCAAAUUGGAAAUUAUGGAAUUUGUGAAUUUCCUGAAGAACCCAAAGCAAUAUCAGGACUUAGGAGCCAAAAUCCCAAAGGGAGCAAUGCUUACUGGUCCACCUGGUACUGGCAAAACACUUCUUGCAAAAGCAACUGCUGGGGAGGCCAAUGUGCCCUUCAUCACUGUGAAUGGGUCGGAGUUCCUGGAAAUGUUCGUUGGUGUUGGACCAGCACGGGUUCGUGACAUGUUUGCAAUGGCCCGGAAAAAUGCUCCUUGUAUUUUAUUCAUUGAUGAGAUUGAUGCAAUUGGCAGGAAGCGAGGUCGUGGCCACCUGGGAGGCCAGAGUGAGCAGGAGAACACUUUAAACCAGAUGCUGGUGGAGAUGGACGGCUUCAACUCUACCACUAAUGUGGUAGUGCUAGCUGGCACCAAUCGCCCUGAUAUCCUUGACCCAGCCCUGAUGCGGCCUGGCCGGUUUGACCGCCAGAUCUACAUUGGUCCCCCUGAUAUCAAAGGCAGGUCCUCUAUUUUCAAGGUUCACUUGCGUCCUCUCAAGCUAGAUGAAUGCCUCACCAAAGAUGCUCUUUCGAGGAAACUAGCCGCUCUUACUCCGGGUUUCACUGGUGCUGAUAUUUCCAAUGUGUGCAACGAAGCAGCACUGAUUGCUGCCCGCCAUCUUAGCCCUUCUGUCCAGGAGAAGCACUUUGAGCAAGCCAUCGAGAGGGUCAUUGGAGGCCUUGAGAAGAAGACCCAGGUCCUACAGCCCAGCGAGAAGGCGACUGUCGCCUACCAUGAGGCAGGGCACGCAGUGGUGGGCUGGUUCUUGGAACACGCAGACCCUCUGCUGAAGGUGUCCAUCAUCCCUCGGGGCAAGGGGCUUGGCUAUGCUCAGUACCUUCCCCGCGAGCAAUACCUCUACACACGGGAGCAGCUCUUCGACCGCAUGUGUAUGAUGCUAGGGGGCAGGGUGGCUGAGCAGCUGUUCUUUGGCCAGAUCACUACAGGGGCUCAGGAUGACCUGAGGAAGGUCACCCACAGUGCCUAUGCCCAGAUUGUGCAGUUUGGAAUGAGCGAGAAGCUGGGCCAGGUAUCCUUUGACCUCCCCAGACAAGGAGAGACCAUGGUGGAGAAGCCGUACAGUGAAGCCACUGCCCAGCUCAUUGAUGAGGAGGUGCGGCACCUUGUCAGGUCUGCCUACGAUCGGACCCUGGAACUGCUCACACAGUGCCGGGAGCAGGUCGAGAAGGUGAGCAGGCGACUCCUGGAGAAAGAAGUGCUGGAGAAGGCUGACAUGGUAGAGCUCUUGGGCCCUCGGCCCUUUGCAGAGAAGUCCACCUAUGAGGAAUUUGUAGAGGGCACUGGCAGCCUAGAGGAGGACACAUCCCUUCCUGAGGGGCUGAAAGACUGGAAUCAGGGCCGGGAGGAAGGAGGCGCUGAGCGGUGCUUACAGGAGAGCCCUGCAGAGCAGGGGCCUAUUUGACCGCUGUUGGCCAGAACAGCUGGUAGAGGAACUGAAAAAUAAAUUAAAAUAGGUGACAACUGCAAACAGAUGUUUUAGAGGAGAGAGAGCCAGGACUUGGCAGCAUCCAUCCAAGGCAAUAGCUAAGGGAUCAAAGGUGUGGCCUGAGGCCACAGGCCCUGGACCUAGAGGUCUGGCAGUUCAGGUAGAAAGGGAGUUGGACGCUGGCUUCUGUGAAGCUAUGAGUAUUGUCUUUGGGGGAUUCCAUGUAUAGGGCAUUAGGAGCUACAUCAGCUUCCAGUAGACACAGAGCUGAUUCAGUUUCCAAGUGUGCUGCCUUAUAGCUUGCCUCUGAGGUAAUUAAUUGCUCAGAGGCUAAGCCUGAUUCAACACAGAUGAAGUCUGGUGAAGAAUUAAUGAAAAUAUAAGCCAGUCAUCAAGGGAAGGCUGGGUUCUUAAGCUGAUCAGUGCUUAGGAAAGAAAGCCAGCUCAGCUGCACAUCUCUGGCAGCGCCAGAAAUGUUGUCAGUCAGACCUGGCAUCUAGCCUAGCUCCGGUGCCCGUUUAUCAGCCAUCUUGUAGGACAGCUCUUGAGUAGAGGAGGGGUCUAAAAGAGGCAUCUUUUUCUUGUUGAUCCUGGGGUGUGGAGGCCUGAACUCCAGCCCUUAAUGCUUGGGUCCUAAGGUUCCAUGAGCGUGUGCUUGUGGAUUUCCUCCAGGACUCCCUGGGCUCAGAUCUCAGGGCUGUACCAUCUGCUGCAUCAGCCAACUCUUCAGUCUGCUCAUGGCUGGGGAGGAAUCCAUUUAUUCCUCUGACUUGUUUAAAAUUUUUGUAUGUGUGCCCACUGGUGUUCGUGUGUGCAUAUGAUUAUGUGGAGACUAGGGGUUGACUUAGUGUGUCUUCCUCAAUUGCUUGUUUUCUUUUUGGUUUUUGAGACAGGGUUUCUCUGUAGCUUUGGAGCCUGUCCUGGAACUCGCUCCCCAAGUGCUGGGAUUAAAGGCGUGUGCCACCACCACCACCCAGCCCUCAAUUGCUUUCUAUCUUAUUUGAUUUUUUUUUCUUUUAUUUAGUUGUGAUUGUGUCUGCACAUGCAUGUCCACAAACACAUAUGCUCCAUGGUACACGUGUAGGUCAGAGAACAACUUGUUAGUCAAUUCUGUCCUUCUACUGUGUGGGUUCUAACAGUCAUCAGGCCUGGCAGAACCUGCCUUUACCCACUGAGCCAUCUUGCCAGCAGUGUACCCUGUUUUUUGAGAUGGGGUCUCUUACUGAAUCUGGCUAGAUUUGCAGGCCAGCAAGCUCGAAGGAUCCUCCGGUCUCUGCCUUCCCAGUGCUGGGAUUACAGGUGUCCCUUUCUGCCUGGCUUUUAUGUGGAUGAUGUGCAGCAAGCACUUCAGCUGCUCAACCUCUCUCCAGCUCUGUGACUGAUGAUGGUGGGCUUCCUGGAUGUCUCGUCAGGAGGUGGAGACCUGCUCUCUGCCUCUUAAACCGUUACGUCCUUAACUUUUCUUUGGGGCCUGGAUAAAGACCAGACACUGAAUGUACAUAGUAUAGUACAUUUUCUAAAUUGUGUUUGCCUCAGAGCCUCAGAAACAGAAAUUUUAUCAGGGGACAGAUACUUCUAACUUUUACUGUUUGUAAAAUGUACAUUACUAAACUUUAAAAAUAAAAUGUU